ACUCCAGUUCGGCAGUUGCCGUUGGGGAGUCAAGCGGCCAACAACGCCGGCCCGGAUAGCUGCAAACAGGAAGCGGAACCUGGCUGGAAGAAGCGGCAGCCGGAAGCAGAAGCAGAGCCCAGAUAGGGGCGGGGGCCCAAAAUGACUAAAUAUAUAAAACAUUAUCAGGAUGUUGGUGACCCAGCAGCGCCAGCAAUGCCAUCGCAUCCAUGUACCGAUCUUCUCUAGGAUUAUCUCGCUUCGCCGGUGCCUUAUGACCCACCCAAGAGUCAGGACCUCGCCCUUGGCCUGGCGGCAAUCCCGCCCAGUUGAAACCAAAGUCCAGAGACCCAGCCUUUUGGACCUGCAACAGGAACAGGUGAAUCCUUUUGGCGAGGACUAUCGCAUUUACCAGCAGAAUAUCGAUCUGGAUGCGUUUUUUGGCGAGGAACCCAAAUACGAGAAGGUCUCGGAUGUUUGCCUCCUCAAUGAUCACUUUAUUUUGGUGAAGAUGCCACCCCCAGAUUCAACGCCCCCUCCCACAAAGUCCAAGAUUCCGCGCUGCUUCAAAUGUAACCGCGGCAGCCGGGUCUCUCCUGUUCAGGAGGAAGUAGAGGAUAAAGUGGCCAUGCGACCAAAGUCUGGUUGCCUGCAGCCCUGGACUUCUCGCGACCAGGAGGAGAUUGAGGUGUUCAACUCCAGCACUAGACUGACCAGUGACCCCAUCCGAGUGGACCAACCUGCUUCCGUUGUAGUUGAGCAACCGCAUCCAACCCUCCAGCUGGAGGCGAUUCAGUCGACGGGUCCUGAAGAAGCCCUCCAGGUGAUUCCCAUCAGCCGGGGACCCUUCCACUGGUUCCUCUGGCCCUUUCGCCGGCGCGAAACCAAACCUCCUCUGGCCGCCGUUCACAAGACCUACUUUGUCCGCUGGACCAAGCCGCCGGAUACUCUCUGGCCAGGAUUCGGAGUGGGUAGGACGGAUGAAAGAAAAUUUAAAUUACGAAGAUGUCGAUCGGCUGUUUUCUGAGCUAUCUUGGGAGAAUAUAUUUUCUUGUAUAUAUUUUCUAUGAUUAGUGUUAUAGGGGUCCAUAAUUAAGAACAAGGGUUUCAAUGUACUUCUUUAAUAAAUGGUAAUGAUUUAUUUAAAAAAAAAUAAUAACUAGUUUAACUUUUAAACAAAUCAAUUUUGUAUAUCAG